AUGCAACCCAACCCCAAGCGUACCAAAGUCGGCAUGGGGCUCUUCUCGACCCGCAAGACUCACGAAUCUGACGACGAAGACCCAGACCAAUUAAUCGCAGAGCUGUUGCAAAAGGGGAAACCGAAAACGCGACCAGCUCCUUUCUUUGAUGACGACCCGCGAUUCCAUGGGGAGCGCACGCCUUCCAACCCUCCAGAGGCAAUGCAGGACGACACGCCGAGGCCCCAAUUUGUUCGCUCUGAGGGCAAGACGCCGUACCUUCAGCCUUUGGAGGACGAUGAAGAGACUAAAGGUGGAUUUAUUGCCGAGUUCCUUUCAAAAUCGAAAGAGAAGGGAAAGGCCAAAGAGCAGCCAGAACAACCGAUAGCCGACGUUAGCCUGCUUGUUAAGCCUUUCCGAACGGCCUCCACCUCCACCCCAACUCAGGCAUCACGGUCUCCGCAGCCGUCGAAAACUACUCGUCCUGACGAGGCAUCAUCACGGCCUUCCAAUCGAGCAAGAACACCCGCUCCUGAAGCAGGACCUUCAAGCGGAGUCGCGUCUUCGACGAACACCACCUCUUCCAGUCCCCAGCCGGCUCCAAAUUCGGAUCGGCAGAUCAAAGCACUUCCAACCAGGAAGCUUCAGCAGCCUCCUCCCGCUGCCCCCCUCGUUGCUUCUACCCAGCCAACGACCAGCAACCCUGUCCCUACGGCCACCCCGGCUCAAGCUGCAGCGAGAUCAGAAUCACCAGAGGGGGAACAUGGAACCUAUGAAGAAACCGAGGACCCCGUUCCUUUUGGUAUAUAUACUUUGGUGCAGCAAUUUCGAGCGCGCUUCCCCGACCCAUCUUAUUUGUGGGGCCCAAACUCGAUCAUAUUCAAAGUGCGGUCCAUCUCUAGCGCCAUCGCCGAUUGGAAAGGGUCUAGGGAUCCCGACCUUUCGUUCCUGCAGGUUCAGGAAUAUCUUAAGCAGGCUUCGCCUCAGGAGGUCAAACGUGCGAGGGAGUGCGUUUAUCGGGCGCGGACUCAAUCGCAUUGGCUGGACGAGCCUCGCCUCUCUACCGUUAAAGACCAACUCGACGAGGAAGAAGAGUCGGGCACAGAGGACUUCCUCUUACCUAUUCUUGAAGCCAAAGAGGACGAGGGUAGUAGCUCCCAGACAUCCAGCGAUGGAUCAGAGGAGGAGGAGGACGACGACAUGGAGCAAGUCGCCAGCAUUUACGAAUCUCCUGCAACAAUGGCUGGCGACGGGGAUACUCGCGUACCUCGUGUUCCUUCUCCAUCGAACAUCCCCUCUCCUCUCUUCACCCAAGCUACACUGAUCGACAGUUCCGCUCUCCCAAUUGGGCUUGCAAUUCCUCCUAUCGACACCUCAACCCACAGCCUACCUCUAUUGCUCCAGUCUGAGUCAGAUCCGUCUUCGCAAGGGAGCCCUCCAUCGACUGAGUCGACACCUCUCGUAGAGACGCCACCCCUGCAUCCCGAGCUGGAUCAAGCGCAGAUUGCAGAUGCAGAUAAUUCAACGGGAGAUGUAUCGGAUUACGAGUCCCAGCAGCUUCAGGUGCCACCCCCUUCUAUGCAGCCGCCGGAUAGUAUGUCGAACGAGGACAAGGACAAGUCUGGAUCCCACGCGGCAGAGGGGGACGGUCUUUUGCUCCGUAAAUCGAGCUUGGAGCCUGCGCAGAGUGAAUCCCUUCCCGAAUUUGUGGGGGAGGGGAGUCUGCCCAGUUCAAAGGAGAGUAAUAGCGGCAGCGUGACCCCGAAGGCGAUGGUGAUAACUGGCGAUGCUGAGAACGGUGCCUCCUCCGCUUUUUUGGAAGGAUCGCCGAGAGGCACCGCCAGUGGCGCUUCUCCCGACCCUGGAUUGCAGCCUCGGCAAAUGGAUGAGUCGCCAGAUGAGAUAUUAGGUUCUGAGAACGCUUCUUUCCACGAGGGAUAUACGCUUGCCCAGACUGAAGACGACACUCAGAUGGUCCAGUCUCCGACUGACUCCAUCCCGAUGUCCACGUCUGUGUCCAUGGACGACGACGGCUCGGACAUCUUGCCCCAGACGAUACCUCGACCCACAUUCGAUUUCCCUCCAUCUCAGAUUCGUCAGCCUGCUUGGGAUCUUGGAAAUAAUGACGAAGAUGAACUUAUGGAUACCCUUUCGACGUCAAGACAUCGCUUCCGGUAUCCCGGUGACUCGGACGAUGAGGAUUCCGAGGGAGACUUUGUAAUGUCGGCUGGACAACCUAGCGCGGUCGCUACAACAGUUGAGGACGAAUACGACACCUUUCUGAAUGAUGGUGCCAAUGAAGAUUCUGAAUCCCUUCCAGCCAGCCCCAUGGAUAGUGUUCAUGAAACCGGAACGGAAGCCUCAGACCCCCUCUGCGAGACAGAAGAAGCCUCAGCCGAACAUGAUAAUUCCGCAGCCACAAUUCCAAGUUUCCCGCCAGGAAUCUCGGAUACCACCACCAUGAACGAAGCUAAACCCCUUGGACACUGGCUGUCUGGACAUGUCGAUGCUGCGAAUGCAGGGGUGGACGUGGAGGACGAUGAGCAAGCGCCUAAAAAUGAUUCAGGAACGGGCGAAGUUAGCCCAAAUGAUGAUGGUGAAGAGGAAGGGGAAGUAGUGGAACAGGUGGAACAGGUGGAACAGGUGGAACAGGUGGAGAAUACGAGAGAGGAAGAGAAGAGGGAAGUGGAGAGUGGAAAGGAAGAUGAGAAGGAAGAGCAGAAACAAGAAGAGAGGCUGGAUCAAGGUGCGGAGAAGGCGGAGGAUAGCGCGCCCCAGCCGGAGUCCGAAGAUGGGCCUCCUUUACCCAUUGCAGUCAAUCUCUCCUCGCGACACUCCUCACCGCGGCGACGUCUCGCAGGUCAAUUCCUUCCUGUCUCAAAGCAAUUCCUUGGUCAUGUACCAGAAUCGCGGGGCAAGAUUCAAGCUCAAGCACCAAUUCCCGAUCGCGACGGCCACUCGAGAAGCCCCAACCUCAAUGUCUCCCCGCAGACACACCAACCCCGCAAUUGA